AUGUCGCUUCCAAAUGAAGAAACUUUCAUCUCAUGUUUUGGGGAUCUCCUCGAUUCGAUCAUUGUUGAUGUAGCAUCUGAGUGUCAUCGAAUAGCGAAGUGUUUUGAGUGCAUGAAUUGCGGUCGGUCUAUCAUGGAUGGGAGGUUUGCUCCUCAUUUGGAGAAGUGUGUGGGAAAGGGUAGGAAGGCUCACCUUAAGGUGACAAGAAGUACCCCGGCUGCACAUACUCAUAAUUCAUGGGGAAACCCUGCUUCCACAUACUCAAAAUAUUCAAGUUCCAGCAGUAUAAGCCAGUUAUCAAAUGGAGCAUCGGGUGUUGCUGGUGAGGAGUACUCGAAUGGUGCAUUGGAAGAGCCAUGA